CUCUGACAAGGACACCCACCAUCCCCAGCGCGUGCCAGAUCAACUCCCGACGUCGUUGACCACGACAACGACGAGGCACCUAGGGACCACCUCGACGACGACGACGCUGCCCCGCCAUACACCCAACCACCCCCGCGCCCCAGCUCUGAUACUCAUCGAGACAGCCGGCUCUCGAUAACUAGGCAGCGAUGGCAAACACACCACCGGACAAUAUCCCAAUCAACCGGGGUGACUCGGUCAAGGCUUAUGCUACGCAGAGUUCGUCACCAGAUGGUUCCGAGUCCCCAUCCUGGCAAACUCAGUCCACAUUGACAUCGGCGACGUCGACUUCCAACUCUUCGAGCUCGCCACCUGGACCAAUGACGCCUCCGCCAAGAUUGGAGAGGUCGAGGAGUAGCCGGUAUGGAGACCUUGGACGCGUCCCGCUCCACCGCAGAGGGACUUCUAAGCGAUAUGAGAACUUUGAGGAUUUGCUGAGGGAGGCUGGGUACAAGGAAACGCGCGUAUUUACGCCGGAAAUGGAGCGACUCAAAGAGGCGGCAGCAGAUGGCAGAGCAGACGAGAAUCGACUUAGCAGUAUGGGUGCAGUUGUCGACUUUCUGACCAACCUCUUCCCUGGUCCAGGCAGGCAUUCUCGGCAGCCGAGCGACGAAUUCUCACCACCACCGUCGCCACUCGGGGAGAGAAGAUCCGUGAGGGAACCUGCGACACCCGGUGACUUGUCCUCUUCCAUGGAGAGCUUCGACGACGCCACCCCAAAGGCGACCUCAAGACAGGUUUCGGAUGCGAGAUCGCGCUACGACCUCUCCUCUCGUCCCUCACAAGCCUCUCUGUAUCAUCCACCACCGUCCCCCACCCUAGCUCAUCCCCGGCCAUCUCGAGCUAAAGCCUACCUUCGCCACAUGGCCUCGAACAUCAGUAUGCAGCAGCCCCCUCGACCCAACUCUACCCCAGCCCACCACCGUGCGCCCUUCUCCCUGCGCUCGAGAGAGAAGGACGACGACGAUCCCAGCAUCAUCUUCACCACCAAGGGCAACGGCGAGGGCGAGGAGGAUCCGAGAGCCCAGCCGCCGCUCCCCAAUACGUGGCUCGAAACUGUGGCCCGUGCCGUCCUUGCGAGUGGCUCUGGGAUGCACAUCGGUGGCCCGCUGCAGAGCCACCCGGCGUCCCGCAGACCCCAGCUUCGAAACACCCGGAGUUCCCUCUCCCAGACCACCUCCAAUUGGCGCACCCACGGAAAGCGGCGUAGCGGAUUAUCGGAUCAGACGAAUACACUCGCCCCUCCUCCCUUCUUGACGAUGCUUGAGCGAGGACGGGCGGGCAGGAGCGAGACCGAAGUGACACGUACCAGAGUGGUUUGUAGGAGUGCACCGGGAAGUCGUGCGAGUUCGUUGGUGAGAAGAGAGAGUGGGAUGGGUCGGCGAGAGCGAGGUAGAGGGGAUAAGCGGCGGAGGGAUGCGGAUAAAGAUCGGCUGCCCAGUCUGGCCAGGACCCAGGUCGAGGGCGAUCCGUGGAAUCAUGGACGAGGAAGACCGGCGGCGACGACGACGAUGACGGCUAACGAUGUGAAGAAUCGGUACCUUCGAGGAAGAGGAAGGGGUGCCGGGUCGACGAUGGUUAUUGAUGAUGAUUAUGAUGACAGUGACGAAGGUGGUACUUCGGACGACGACGAGGACGGAGAUGGAGAGGUUGAUCUUCGCCAGAUGUUGGUUCUCCCCAUUGCCAGGCGACAGAAUUCUAUCCACAGCUUGCGAAGGCACCUUCAAUUGGAGAACGCCAGCAACCGCCCCCAAAUGGCUCGCGGCAGAUCAUUUGCCAGUCAGAAGUAUGUCCGGUCUCCGCUCAGCGAUGACGACUUGGGUCAGGAGUGGGGCAGUGGAUGGGUGCGACAUGGAGGAGGGAGCGCUGGCGUGGAAGAUGAUGAAGAUACCAACACGUUUGCCCAGGUGUUUGGCGACGCUCGCAAUAGGACAUGA